AAAAAGAAGGCUGCUUCUUAAGCCCCAAGCCCAGGAUAAGGCCCAUAGUCAGGCUCAAGCCCAGUACCAUGGCCCAGAAAGUAACCAUAAAAAUUAAAAUAACUGUGAGGUAACGAAUGGUGGUUGGACGAUGGAUGCGCCAGAAAGCUGAAAUUUUCUCUUCUCCUCCUCCCGUAACUCCGGCGACAUCUUAUCAUUCAGUCAUGCUGAGAGCCUUUGCUCCCGUUGUCUCGGCCUUUCCCACCAGAUUCAGAGCUUCCAAACUCGUUUGUCAGGCUAACACACUCACGAAUGCAUCACCAACUGUUCGACAAAAUGCCUCAACCACCACGCUUACCUUACAUCAACAACCGCCUACUUCUGCUUAUGUUCAUCUUCCCUUCUGUAGGAAACGCUGCCACUACUGUGACUUCCCAAUUGUUGCUCUUGGUUCCAGUUCCGUUGACCAGGCUGAGAACGACCCACGAGUGUCAAACUAUGUACAAUUGCUUUGCCAAGAGAUAACCGCAACAAAAUCGGAUUACAAGGCGGAUUCCCCUCUCGAGACUGUCUUUUUUGGGGGUGGUACGCCAUCUCUCGUGCCACCUGGGCUUGUCUUGUCAAUUUUGGAUACAUUGAGAGUGAAGUUUGGGCUGUCUAAGGAUGCUGAAAUAUCAAUGGAGAUGGACCCGGGCACUUUUGAUGCUGAAAAAUUGAAGGAGUUGAUGGAGAUGGGGGUGAAUAGAGUUUCAUUGGGAGUUCAGGCGUUUCAGGAGGAGCUGUUGAAGGCUUGUGGGAGAGCACAUGGUAUUGGGGAGGUUUACAAGAGUAUUGAGAUUGUCCAGUCAUGCAAGGUUGAGAAUUGGAGUAUGGAUCUUAUCUCUUCACUCCCUCACCAGACACAACAAAUGUGGGAGGAGAGUUUGAGACUCACAAUUGAAGCACAGCCUAACCAUGUGUCUGUAUAUGAUUUGCAAGUGGAACAGGGCACAAAAUUUGGAAUACUGUACAUCCCAGGAGAAUUUCCUCUGCCUUCUGAUACACAAUCUGCCAAGUUCUACAGAACGGCUUCCAGAUUACUUUCUGAAGCAGGCUAUAAGCAUUAUGAAAUUAGCAGUUAUUGCAAGGAUGGAUAUGAAUGUAGACACAAUUCUAUAUACUGGAAGAACAAGCCUUUCUAUGCUUUUGGCUUGGGGUCUGCCAGUUAUGUUGGAGGCUUGAGGUUUUCAAGGCCAAGGAAGAUGAAAGAAUAUAUGAAAUAUGUGCAGAAUUUGGAGAAUGGGGUUGCAGAAUGGUGCGGGAAUGGUCAGAUUGAUGUCGAAGACCUGGCAAUGGAUGUUGUGAUGCUCUCUCUUAGGACUGCAAGGGGCCUAAAUUUAAGGUCAUUUCAGGAAGCUUUUGGUGGUUCUCUUGUUAGGUCUCUAUGCAACACCUAUAAACCUUAUGUACAAAGUGGGCAUGUGGUUGGCUUGGAUGAGGAGAGAAGGGUAAUGACCGCGGAUAAGUUCGACACCCUACUACUGAAUGAUGAUGCCAUUGACAGUGGAUUAGCUUAUAUUCGGCUGACUGAUCCGGAUGGUUUCCUCUUAUCAAAUGAACUGAUUUCCCUUGCAUUUGCGGCCAUAUCUCCUUAGAACCUAGGACCUGUUGGGACCUGAAGCAAUAUCAACCUGAGCCGCCAUGUAGAGGUCAGGCAGGAUUUACCUUUACUGGCAACUGAAGCAUUUUCCAAUUACAUUCAUGGCGUAAGCCUUAUUCAAUGUUUCAUUGUAUACAAUGACUGCUGGCCCCAAUUGUAUGCAUGGAGGUUCUGAAGGAAACAAUCAUACAAUUUUCUAUGAAAAGCUCAGGGGCAUCUCUUUUCUUUGCAAGGUAUAUUUCUUGCCCCGAGGUUCGAGAAAGAACAAAAUUGUCAGCCUUGGGUACGUUAGCAGCAGAUUUCGAAGCCGACAGGAGAUCAGAUGAUAUUAGUAGAUUUAUUAAGAGCAAGUAUUUUCUAUGAACAAUUAGUAUCAAAGAUGCUUGGUUUGAUAUAUGAUUUAUAGUACACAAAAGGUUAAUCAACUGAAGGAAAAGAGAGGUGUUCUAUAUAUGUCUGCUCCUCUUUGUUUGAA